GCACCACCACACCCCUCCGUAGGUUUGCAUGUAGAGACUGAUCCUGGGACAUGGCACUGCUGCUCUCUUGAGGAAGGCGUUAAGAAAAUGAGAAACGCGUACUGCUGCCACCUUACCGAGGAACCUGAACCUCUAGCAUCUCAGAGGUCUUUCUCCAGAUGAAGAUGGCUUCGAAGUUCUUGCUCCUUUCCAUGAUGACCUUGUGGGCUUUCCCGUGGGCUUUCCCGUGCGCUUUCUUUGCCAAAGCGAAGUUGUACAACUUUGAUUUUCCUGCUCCCAGGAGGAGCAUCCUGCCAAGCAUGCUCCGUCCAGCCAACAGCAGCCACAUUUUCUAUGGGAUCAUGUUCGAUGCUGGCAGCACGGGGACCCGCAUUCAUGUCUACACCUUCAUCCAGAAACACCCAGAUGAACUACCAAUUUUGGAUAAUGAAAUGUUCCACUCGGUGAAACCUGGCUUAUCUGCAUAUGUAAACAUGCCCAUAAAGGCUGCAGACAUAGUGGGGCAGAUGCUCAAGUUAGCCAGGAACACCGUACCUCGUGUGAUGUGGCCGUCAACUCCAGUGGUCCUGAGGGCGACUGCGGGACUCCGACUGCUCCCGCAGGACAAGGCUCAUGUUUUACUUACUAAGGUCCAAGAAGUGUUUGAUGAUUCCCCUUUCUUCGUGCCAAGCGAUAGUGUUGGAAUCCUGGAAGGGACAAGCGAAGGAAUACUCGCCUGGGUCACAGUAAACUUUCUGACAGGCCACCUGUAUGCCAACACGAGGAGGACUGUAGGCAUCCUGGAUUUAGGGGGAGGUUCAACCCAAAUUACUUUCCUUCCUAAAUCGGAGAAAACCAUUCAGACAGCUCCUGCUGACCACGUUGCUACAUUCAACAUGUUCAAUACCACUUACAAGCUCUACACUCGCAGCUACCUGGGAAAUGGACUUAAAGUCGCUCGGCUGGCUUCCCUGGGGGCCUUGGGAAAUGAAGAAACAAUAGGAAAAGUUUUCAAAAGCUCAUGCCUGCCCAAGCAGUUUCGAGGGGACUGGACCUUCGGUGGGCUUACCUACACUGUCAGUGGAAACUCGGACGGAUAUAGUGGCUACAAACUUUGCUACCAGGAGGUCCUGAAAGUCAUCAAAGACGUUGUGCACCAGCCAUAUGAAAUUAAAGGGAACAGCAUUUUUUAUGCCUUCUCUUAUUACUUUGACCGGGCUGUGGAUUCAGGCCUCAUUGAUGGCAGCCGAGGUGGUGCUGUGGAGGUCAAAGAGUUUAAAAAGAAAGCCAAAGAAGUGUGCAACAGAAUGUCCAAGUAUCAUCCCCUCAACCCCUUUCUGUGUAUGGACCUCACCUACAUCACAGCCCUGCUGAAGGAGGGCUUUGGCUUCAAGGACAGUACGCUGCUGCAGCUCACAAAAAAGGUGAACAGUGUGGAGACCAGCUGGGCCCUGGGGGCCAUGUUUGAGCACUUACAGAAGCUGAGAAUUCACUGAAGGCUGCUGGAACCCUGGCUGGAGGCCGCUGUAGGACCCGGGUUGGAACUGUCUCAUGAACAGCACUUUGCCUGCACGCCUCUUUGGACAUCUAAAAGCACAUAAUCUACUUCUCGAUGAUUUCUAUACGAAAUAUUUCCGGUUUACUGCAAACUUGUACUAUGGAACGUUUUACAUAAAUUGGCACUUGCCUCUCUUUGCAUCUGUGAACAUUUGCAAAACUCCAUCUCAGGUCAGUAAACAACACACACAACGCACAUACAGUUGAUAAAGAUGGCAAUAUCGGCUGCUCGCGUUAAACUUUUUCUACGUCAUCAAAGCAAACGACACGUAUGGCGUAUGACUGUAAAGUUGGUAAAGAUAAUUUUAAUUACACUGGUAACUGCAUUCAGCAGCCAGCGCAAUAUACACUGCACUUCAGACGUGUUACUGUGCUGAAAGACACGGAAAUUGGGUUGAUCCAACUAAUAUAAAUACAAAUACUAUUUAUUUAAUAAUAAAUAAAUGUUGGCACUUCUAUUAUGCAUUUCAGCUAUUUCUUUGGUAGAUAUUUCAGAGAAGUUACUGUUUUUUGAGUUUGUGUGUGAUAGGAAUAGGAAACGGUUCAUUCUGGUCAUCUAAGUAUCUUCCUUACAACAUGAGCCCCAUAAGGUAGUUACAACUAUAUAUGCAAACAGUCUCAUAUAACACAUAGACACAACUGCAAUGUGUGCGUCAUGUUUAGAGAGCCAUGCCAUGGUUGUGUAGACAUACAUAUUUUGUUUUUUGCCAAAGUAAUUUAUAUCAACAUGCAGAAGAUUGUAAUAUGUGUGACAAUAUAUUGGACUAAAUCGAUAAAAUACAGGCGGUCCCCAGGUUACAAACAUCCGGCUUACGUACAACCCGUAGUUACGAACAACCUCCCAUAAAACCUGUUAUUUUAAAAAUUUGAGUUAAGAUACAUUGAUCGAUAAUGACAAACGGAAGCAACUUUACGACGUACUUCAAAACAUCGCACGUCUACAGCGGUUCGUUGGCAUGUGAGCCCGAGGUAGGACAAAGACUUUCUUCUUUUCAGUCGG